AAUGGCGUCGUUUCCACCCUGUUCGAUCCGGGAUAGUUGCCUUCUUGGCCUGGAGAAGAAAGGGUUCCUCCCCCCCAAGGGGAUCUCACGGUGGAGGUUGGAGAAGGAGGGCGACGUGUCGCUUCCCCGGGAUGAUGAGGUGGUCGUGCUCGCGCCCUUCUAUGAGCGCGGGUUUGGGCUCCCUCUGCACCCCUUCGUGCGGGGGCUGCUUUUCUUCUACGGGCUGGAGAUUCAGAACCUUCAUCCCAACUCCAUCCUGCACCUGGCGUGCUUCAUCACCCUGUGCGAGGCGUUCCUGGGGGUCGACCCCCACUGGAAGCUGCGGCGAUACCUCUUCAGUGGUCGGGUAAGCCCGGGCUGUGGCGCCCAACUGUACCGUUGGUUCGGCCAACUUCCAGCUUCGUUCUGGCCGGAAGACGGUGUACUUCAAGAUCCCACUCCCUUCCUCCGUGCGGUACGAGGGCGAGUGGUUCUAUGUCUGGAACACGGCCGGCAGCGCCCCGCGCUUCACUGGUCGGGAGCCGGUGUCGACGGACAAUGGGGUGGAGCCUAGUCUGAAGGAUGAGGUGGAGGCUCUUCUGUCGGCUCUCGAGAUGCUGAAGCGGCAAGGUCUUACCGGCGCGAGGCUAGUGCGCAACUUUAUGCAUCGUCGAAUCCAACCUCUGAAGGCUCGCCAGAGGCCAAUGCAUAGGUACUCCGGCGUCAACGACCCCGACCGCCACUCUUUUGAACCGCUUGCGCUGUCCGAGAUUGAAGCGCGAGUCAAGGUCGUCACCGCGCUGUCGUCAGGAUCCUUCAUGGAUGAAGAUUCUCCUCACCCUCUUUCUGGAAAGGUUUCGAGCGAUUUGGUGAGCUCUCUCUCUCCUGCUCUUCUUGUUCCUCUGUCUUCCUCUGUUAGUAAUGUUCGGUCGUGGCCCCUACAGGGGAACGGGCCCCUGGCGCCCAGUCUUCCGCCGCUCCCCGAGGUGCUCGCCGUUCAGGCGGAGCGUAAACACAAGCGGAGCGACGGGGAGACUCUGGGGGCGCGCAUGAAACGACUCAGGGCGCAGAAGAAGGGCAAGAGGGUCAUGCGCCCUUCCAAAUCAAGCGAGGGAGCCACCUUCUCCUCUGACUCGAAUGAUGCGUCCUCCACGGCUUCCAGCUGGGAGGACCUUGCGGCAUUGACGGGUGGCCCGAUGUGUCGUGGCGACGCCGUAGCCAGCUCUAACGUCCCGGUUGAGGCGGGCGGGCCGGCCGCGGAUCCUCCCCUGGUCGCGGCGUCCUCUGCCGAUGGUGCGGGAGUUGCUGCCGCGAGUGAAGUGGCACAGCUCUUCACGGGUGCCGGAGGCAUCACGGAGGGCGGCGCGACCCAUCCAGCCGCGUUGGAGGCGGCUUCCUGGGCUACACCGCGAUCCUUUGUUCCUUCGUUGGUUGCUCAGGGGAAGGUGGUCACUAGGAAGCGCUCCUCCCGCGCGUACGUGUCGCAUAAGUCCGUGAAGGACGCGUUCCUGGUGGCAAGAGGGGCUCCUCUGCCUCCUCAGGCCUUCGAGCCGACGCUGCUGGGGGGAAUGCCCCCUCCGGCUGUCGGGGUUGUCCCGCUGGGCGUCGUGUCAUCUGCCUCCCCCGCGGUGGCGACGCCGUCGACCCAGGUCAUCCUAAAGGCGGCGGGUGCGGCCACCCCGGACGUGGUUCUUAUCGAUUCGUCACCAUUCGCGUCCGCCUCAGGGGAGGCCCCGGCGGUCGGGGCAGCUGCCCUUAGCGACUCCUUGUCGGGGCAGCCGGAGGCUUCGUCCCUGCCCUUGCCUGCCCCCGCCCCUCCGCCAUCAGUCACCGUGGGGGCGGGUGGUAGCCCUAGGGUGUCGCUGCCAGCCCCGGGUUCCGCCGGCCUUCGGGAACAAGCGGUGCUGGCCGUGGUAGCCGGUGGGAGUGCGUUGCCUGUGCGGCCUGUAGGGGGCGACGAAGCAGAGGUGGAGGAGUGACAGCGAUUAGAGUUGGUCCUGCUUCGAGCUGACGCGGGCCUGGAGACCAUUGAGCGGAUGCUCAGUGGUUUCGGGGAGGCGAUCUCGAUUGCCGAGGCAUCGGUGACGGCGGACUUCAUUCCCUUUGGUCGGGUGAGUGUUUCUUCCGUCGUCGUCCUUUUCGCCAUCUUUUGCUCACGCCGGUCCUUGUCCGCUUGGUUCGCUCUCCCAGCGCCUUCUUGUGCGAUCGGAGGCUCGGGCGGAGGCGCUGCAGGCCCUUUCUUGCGCCUCGUCGGAGUCUGACAGUGUGGCUCGAGCCGUCCUCGAGGAGGUCGAGGACGGAUGCAGGCCGGCGACCGACGACGGCCACCAUAGUCGAUGGUGGAUGACUUCCGCUUGCUGCCUAGCGGCAGCGGCGAGUUUGUUGAGGCGCCGCUUUUGAGCGGUGGCGCGCCUUCUGAGGCGCUGCUUCUCCGCCUUGGUUUUGGUGGAAUGCCUGGGCCCCGGGCCAGUGGCACUAGCCAUGCUAGGGCUGACGAGACGGAGCUCUCCGGUCUUCUCGGCGAGGAAGUCGAGAGAGCCGAAGGUGAUCUUGCUUCUGGGAGCGAAAGACUCACCCCCGGUGAACGCUGAAUAGCCGGCCAUCGGAGUAAAAAAAAGUCGCUUUGGCACGCUUAAAGUCCUCUACCUGGCGCGCCAACUGUCGUGGUUUCGGAAACCAGGGGGACAAUAGAUUUGUGUUCGGCGGGGAUGCAAGCGCGGACUCACUCCGAAUGGUGAAUCACAGGGAUUCGAGCUAGGGAGCUAAGACACGGGUGGUUAUACUGGUUCAGGCCGGGGCCCUAGCCAGUGUAGUGCUAAGCGUAGUAAUGCUUAGGGCGUGUUACAGCUGAGUGCUUGUGUGUAGAAGAUGAGAAUUGUCUUGCCCUUUUAUAGCCCAAGGGUAGACUUUACAGUGAGGACUGGUAUUCAUCCAGGGAGGAGUUCGGCCUGCUGCCUCGAUGUGGCGCGGCUCCUCUGAUAUCGUUGGCCGGGUCGUGCGUCGUCGUACCCCUGGUAUGGCACCGCGUCUCGUCCGUUUGCCAUACGGGCUCCUGUAGCUAUUCUGAUGCUGAUGUAGCGGUACCUGGCGGGUCCCGCAGAGCAGACUUGCAGAGAGGUUCAGGGAUGUCUUCA